UGCGAUGCGUUCUGGAAUUCUGGAACGUGUGAAACAAACUCGCUAUUAGUCAACGCAAUCCAAGUCAAGCCAAAACGUGAACGCAAUUAAAAUGGCGCGGCCCUGCGGGUCUUGUCUGAUAGCAACUUUGCCAGGAUCGCCGACUUCCAAAUAGCGUGAUAACUUGUGAGUACAGUGUACUUGUGAUUCGUAUGCCACGCUCGGUAUUUGACAAGAAAAUAAUUCGGAAUUUCCACAACUUCAACGUGUUCGACGCACAUGUCGGUUGUUAGUUGCACGAAGAAAAAUAUGAGCGGGCGUGACGCGAGGCGCCACUUUCUGAAGUUCUAGCAUUUUGUCCAUACAGUCGCUCGGGGUCGCGAUGGAUAAUAAGCCGUAUUCUGUCUCGCUCCCGCUGCAACAUUACUUCGACAAAUGUGUGGAGGAACAUUCUUCAACGACUGCUGUUGUCUUCCGCGACGGUCACGUCGAAGCAAGAAUGACGUAUCUGCAAGUGUCGCAGUUCGCGCAGCAACUUUGCGCAAAGAUCAAGCAGGCGGGCGUUUCGGAGGACACAGUGGUUGCUGUUCUCUGCAGGCCUUCUGUCUACGUUCCUUCUAUAAUCCUGGGGGUCUUGAAAGCUUCGUGCGCGUUCGCGUUUUUGGACAUCCAGCAUCAAGAGGAAAGAUUCCGAAAUUUGAGGAAUUCAACGUCCGUCUCGUUGAUCCUGGCGGAAGAAGCUUUUCAUAAGAAGAGCCCUCUUUUGGAAAGUGGAGACUGGAAAAUGGUGGACAAACUUUGGGACAAUGCCUACGUGCUGCUUACCGAGCCACACGGACCACGUGCUGACAGUGAGAAAGCUGCACCCGUUCCUGGACACAAAAUUGCUUACGUCAUGCAGACUUCGGGGACCACCGGGGAGCCAAAAACUGUCCAAAAAAAUAUUCGCAGUUUCUCCGAGAGACGUUGUCUUCCAAGCUGCCCCGUUUACGUUCGACCCUUCCGUCGUGGAGGUAUUCCUCGCCCUGACUGCCGGCGCAACUUUAGUGAUGACUUCCGAGGCGGUGAAGCGGAUUCCUCGAGCAGUCGUCCAGCUUCUAGUUGAGAGUAAAGUCACCGUCGUUCAGGCAACGCCUAGCUUCUUUAGCCGUCUCGGCGCAGAACGAGUCAAGGAAUCGUUGCUUUCGAGGGGUGCGACGCUGCGAGUGCUCGCUUUCGGAGGUGAAGCGUGCCCUUCGGUCGCCCAACUUCGGAGCUGGAGCGAGCAUGGAAACUGUACGGAAUUCUACAACUUGUACGGCGUCACCGAAGUCUCGUGUUGGGCAACAUGUCAGAGAAUUCGCCUCACAGACUCAAGCGAUGUUUUCCUGGGCGAUGCUCUGGACGGAACGGUUCUGCAGGUGCGGAAUGAAUCUGGAGGCAUCGUCGACGAGGGAGAGGGAACGCUUUUUAUCGGUGGGACCGACCGGCGGUGUCUUGUGGGUGAGGAGACGUGGCGGCAGGUUGGGCAGUGCCAAAUGCGGAACUCGGGCGACCUCGUCCGCAAGUCUGGCGGAAACCUGACGUUCCUCGGAAGGCGCGAUUCAAUCUUCAAGUACAACGGUCGCAAGGUCAACCCCGCUCUUCUGUCGCAGAAGCUGCUCGACUCGGCGGUCGUUGAAAGCUGCUGCGCCCACUUUUCUAAGUCGAAAGGGACCCUCUUAUUCUUUGUUACACUGCUUUCAAAUGGCAACGCCGAAGAAACGCUGACUUUGCUGAAAACUGACCUGGAGAGAGAGUGCUCGUGUCCUUUACGGAUCAUUGUGGUACAUCACGGCCUGCCUGUAACAAGCCACGGCAAACUAGACAUGAAAGCGCUGCUGAGGUAUGCAAGGAAACGAAGACGGACGGGGCAGACAAAGCCAGAUGGAUCCGUCGAUUCCGUCGCUUGUAGCCGGCUUCUUGCAACACUGUGGAACGAGCUCACCGCAAGCGACAAGGGCAGCCCGAUUUCUCCGCAGUCCUCCUUCAUCUUCAGCGGCGGCAGUUCGCUGGGAGCCGUCCGCAUUUCCCAGGAAAUGGAGCUUACACUCGAUCGCCGCUUGCCACUUCUCGUGGACAAGCUUCUUAACGGGACGUUUUCAGACGUUGCGGCUUACCUGAAGCAAACAGCCACGGCACAAGAAACCGCCGAGCGCAGUCUAGAAGGGCCCAAACUUCCCUCAGAGCGGGUGACUGCUUGCAACAACUCGACAACCGUGAUGUCUCGGUCUGGUUCAGUGAGAACUGCCCCUUGUUUCUCGUGUGUUUCGAGACUUGACUCCUGGCACCACUGCGUGUGCGCCAAAAACUGCGGUCGAGCGCAACGUCUGAGCACCGGUGAAAGUGCGGCGAAGUUCGCACUCGAAUGGAAGCAUGAUCUUGCCAAGUGCGUCGAUGCGUCUCCGCUCAUUGUGAGUUAUGAAGGCGGAGACUGCGUGGCGCUCGUGGGAUCUCAUUCGGGUCGCUUCUGCGCUGUCAACGUUUUCUCUGGAAGCUGCUGUUGGGAGCUUCAGGUACCGGACAGGAUAGAGUCCUCUGCCUGCCUUUCAAAGUGUGGCAGCUACGUCGCAUUCGGGUGUUAUGACCACAACAUCUACUGCAUCGAGGUCUCAAGCGGAGCGCAGCGUUGGACCUUUGGGACCGACGGCGAGGUCAAGUGCUCGCCCGCACUCAACAAGACCGACAGCUCUCUUCUGUGUGGUUCGCACGACAGGCACCUCUACUGCAUCAAUUUCGAGACCGGAGCGUUACUCUGGAAGCUACGUCCAUCUGACGGAAGCAUCUUUGCGUCUCCAGCAGUUUCGUAUUCACCAAACCAGGUGUAUGCAGCAUCGCUCGUUGGGACCGUGGUCUGCGUAGGUCCGAGUAAUGGGAAGAUACUCUGGAAGCGAAACGUUGGCAAACCUGUCUUCGCGUCUCCCGCCGCGUCUCUGCGUGGCCUGUGCAUCUGUUCCGUGGAGGGCAAAGUCUACCUCAUGAACCUCUCCGAUGGGAGCACGGUAAUAACAGCCAAGACCUUCGUAUUAUUUGGUUACCACUUGGGGUUCCUUGUUUUCAAAGUUAAUUUUUCUUUGAAAACCUAAUAUUGACAGGUACGUUUAUAUCCGAGUGAAGUUCUCGUACCAACAAUUU